AUCGUCUAUGCAACCAGGAGCAGCAUCGUCUAUGCCACCAGGAGCAGCAUCGCCUAUGCCACCAGCAACAGCAUCGCCUAUGCCACCAGGAGCAGCAUCGUCUAUGUCACCAGGGGCAGCAUCGUCCAUGUCGCCAGGAGCAGCAUCGCCUAUGCCACCAAGAGCAGCAUCGUCCAUGUCGCCAGGAGCAGCAUCUUCUGUGUCGCCAGAAGCAGCAUCGUCUACCACGCCGGGAGCAUCUUCGUCUAUGCCACCAGGAGCAGCAUCGUCUGUGUCGCCAAGAGCAGCAUCAUCUUUGUCACUAGGAUCAGCAUCGUCUAUGUCUACACGAGCAGCGCUGCCUGUUUCGCCAGGAUCAGCAUCGUCUAUGUCUAAACGAGCAGCGCUGCCUGUUUCGCCAGGAGCUGCAUCGUCUAUGUCUACACGAGCAGCGCUGCCUGUUUCGCCAGGAUCAGCAUCGUCUAUGUCUAAACGAGCAGCGCUGCCUGUUUCGCCAGGAGCAGCAUCGUCUUGCAAUUUUUCGAGACACAUAGUUCUACUAACUGAUGCAAUGGCGAUUAUUGAUUUCUGGAAGUGGCUAUCUAAACAAUUCACAUUCCCCCUCGUAUUGGUUAAAAAUACUUAAUACACCGCUGUGAAUAUAGAAAAAAGUAGAUAUGUUUGUUUAACUAUUAAAAUUAGACAGCAUUUUUGAAAGGAGAAACAUGUUCGAAGCUUCAUGGUGGAUUUCAUUAUGUUUGUCAAAUCCAAGAUGGCGGAUCCAAGAUGGCCGCCGUCAAAAAUCCGGCUACAAAUUAUUUUGUCAAACAUUAUUUCAAUGGUAACGUCUUUAACGUUAUUAAUAAUAAACACAAAGGACAUCUACACAGCGAAGUUUGGUUAACUUAGCUGCAAAACGGGCCGAGUUAUUAAAGAAAUAUAAAUAUAUGCAUAAAUUAACAUACAUUAUGCGGAAUUACGUCAAAAAAAUAUCAAAACGCGGUCGGAAAUAUUGGCCCCCAGCAUAUACUAAUUAUUCAACCCAUAAUAGACCCAAAACAG